GAUAGACGUUGAUUUUACGUGUCGAAACGGCGAAGCAGAGGCGCCGACGAAAACUUUGACUCGCUCAGUCUUUCCUAAUCAUUCGUUAACGCUCGCAAGCACAUUGGAAGCUGUAAAUCAUUAAAUAAAAAUGGGGGAGAAUGUAGCAGUACUGGAUUAUGGCAGCCGCUGGUUAAAGGCGGGCUGGGCUUACAACUUUCCGACGGAGGACGAGCCUCGCAUCAUGACGCCCACAGCUGUUAUGAUAGACCCAGAGACCCCCGAUAGCGGCGCGGCACCGGAGUUGGUCCGGCCGGUCAAGGGCGGCAAGAUCGUGAACUGGGAGGCCUUUGAGUCGCUUGCGUAUUACGCGCUGUAUGACCUUCUAGGCUGGGAACUGGGCAACGAGGGCAACGUGAUGAUCUGUGAGCCGCUGCUGACCAGCCGGCCGGACCGCGAGACCAUGACGCAGUUGAUGUUCGAGGUGUUCAACGUCAACAGCAUGUUCUGCCAGGACCAGGCGGUGCUGUCGCUGUACGCGACGGGGCGCACAGGCGGGUUGGUGGUGGACAUCGGGCACGACAAAAUCGACUUCGGGGCGGUGGUGGAGGGCGUGACCAACCCCACCUCGGUCCGGCGCCUGGAGUACGGUGGCGAAGCCGUCACGCACUACCUGCAGCGCAUGCUGGCAAACCCCCACCGCGCGCAACAGCCGCUACAGCCCGGCCUGGACGCCAGCGCCCUGGCCCCCCGCACCCUGGACGACGAGUCCGCAGAGGCGCUCAAGGAGCUGUGCGCGCGCUGCGGCGAGACGGAGUCGGCCUUCACCUCCGCCUGCAGCGCGCCCGACCUGGACACCUUCACGCUGCCCGACGGCCAGGCCAUAGCGGUCAGCGGUGCGGAGGGGCUGCGGCUGGGCGAGGGCUUCUUCCAGCCGGGGGAGCUGCUGGGCAUCCCCGCGCCCAGCCUGGCGGAGGCGGCGUGCGACAGCGCCUCCUGCAUCCUGGACUCGCUGCUGAGGAAGUCGACUUACGAGGGCAUGUUGGUGGUGGGUGGCGGCAGCGUCAUCCCCGGCCUGCCCGCCCGGCUGCUGGCGGAGGUGCGCUCGCUCACCCCCCUCAGCGUGACGCCGGGGCUGGUGGUCACGCCGGAAUACAUGCCGCAGCCGCAGGUGCCUCGAGAUGCGGGCUGGGUGGGCGGCGCGGUGCUGGCCAAGGUGGCGCAGCUGCAGAACCACUUUGUGAUGAAAGCCGACUACGACGAGGCAGGGCCCGGCGCAGUGCACCGCCGCUGCUCCUGAGGUGCUCUGGCGCGUGCGUGUUGGCCUCCGGUUUCUCGACCGCGUGGCAAACCACCACCUUUUUGUCUUGCUGUGUGCGUGAUAAUGCGGUUGGUCUGUUUGUGGCGUAAAAAUUGGUGAGAUGAAUGUGUUGAUACAUCUGAUGACAAGCAUGCGUGUUUACACUGGAUUGUUUGUUGACAAAGGUGCAGUUCCGGACGGUCCAGGACGAUGGUCCUUCGUUUGUGCUACUAUUGUUGUUGGUUUUACCGCAUUGCUCGGGGCUCGGGGACUUGGUGCCCCGCAAGCUUUCGCCGCCCUCACAUGCACGGCAUGGUCUUUCCCGCGUUGUUUGUUUGAAGCGGGCCUAGACACAGAAGCGUUCGCCUGGAUGUCGGCACGGUGCUUGCGGCAUGCGGCCCGCAACCUGCAGCCUGCGCGCCGUUUCGUGCCUGGCGGCCUCCUCUGGUGCAUCUGGUCACACCACGAGCCACCGCCAGCAGCCCCUGCAGCCAACCGACCACCUGUGCAGAAGUGAGCACACGAGCAGGAGCAGACGAGCAGGAGCACGCGGCUCAAGCAGUCUGCCGGCGCUUGACAGUGUUGGAACAGCAGCGGCGUCGCCGCGGAGUCCGCAUGGCCCGCCGCCUAAGCAUAGAGCAAUGCCCCACUGUCAACUGCCUUGGGGGACGCAGCGAGGUGGACGGCGCCGGCAGCGCAGGCAGUGGAUCUGGCGGCGAGCUGAUGAUGAAGGCACUGGGCGAUCUGCGGGGGCUGCCGAACCUGAGACGUUGCCGCUUCUUGCAGCUGUACUGGCUGCGGGCUGGUUGCUCGUGCUUCCGCGCAUGGGUGUGGCGCGGCGCGUGAAGUAGGCGGCACUGAACAUUUGCCGUGCGGAUCGCCGGAUGCUGAGGAGGCUGGUGGGGCCUGUGUACAGCACUGUGAAUUGGGGGCUAGGGACACGUGGUGGAGCUGCCGGCAGCUACCGCAGCUGGAGGCGCUGCGCGCCUCGAGCGGACAUGUACUUGGCAAGUACUGGGCAUGUAUUGGCUGGAGGCGCACUGGCUGACACCCAUAGCCAGGUAGUGGGUUGUGGUGCGGGGGGGACCUGGCUGGCUGGCUGGCUGGUGAUGCAGGGGGGGCGCGCUGAUGCAGGGGCGGCUGAAUGUGCGCAUGGCUCUGGACACGCGUGACGCUGUCACCCUGAGAGUCAGCAUGGCAGAGACGGCCCUGGCACUGGUGCGGUGGCCCCACCGUGCACUGGUAUGUAGCUGACCCCACGGCGCUGUUUGGAUCGCCCGCGG